GAAUUAAUGAUGGUCAGUUGAAGUUGGAAGAAAACAACCUUUCAAAAGCAAUGUUGGAGAACAAUAAGUGCUAUUUACUGGACUGUGGGGCUGAGGUUUUCAUUUGGGUUGGCCGAGUGGCGCAAGUUGAAGAGAGAAAAGCUGCCAGCAAAGCUGCUGAGGAUUUCAUCAUCAGUCAAAACAGACCAAAAACAACACGCGUCGGUCAAGUUAUUCAGGGUUAUGAAACACAUUCAUUCAAGUCAAAAUUUGAAUCGUGGUCAGCUGGUACUGUGACAGGAAUGGGAAAUUCUACUGGACAGGAGGGACAAGGAAAAGUUGCAGCUUUGUUAAAACAACAAGGCGUUGAUUUUAAGGGAAUCUCAAAAGGCUGUCCAGUAAAUGAGGAAAUUCCUCCUUUGCUUGAAGGUUUGGCGCAUUAAUGUUAGUGCCAAGAACCCACUUCCAAGGGAGUAGUUCUUUUCCCUGCAUCGCGAUGGGAGUAGUUCUUUUACUCUGGAUGCUCAAAGACGAUGUCAUUUGUCACCAGAAAGUAUUUUAGCAGAAACUAGCAAAAAGUCUCCCCGGCACCAUGAAACAAACA